UUUGAUUGGCACUCACGGAAAACCAAUGAGAGGUCGAGUUUACGUCUCGUGGCCAAUAGUAAAUAUCCAGUACCUUGUAGGCCUACUAUACUAUAACUUUUCACUGAGGCUAGAAGCUCGAGCCAUCGGGGCUUGCACCUUACUUUUUCACGCGGAGCUCUGGAAAUCAUGCUUGCAAAGUGUAAAAACAUCCGGGAUCCUGUGAAGUCUCUUAUUACCGGUUUCUGGAUCACUUUUAUCGUCUGUUCCGUAGGUGUUCACGGCCAGGAGGGUAAUGGCUGUGGACAUACAUUGCUGGGCACAGAGUCUGGCACAUUGGCCUCUCAGAACUACCCAGGCACCUACCCCAGUAACACCUGGUGUAAGUGGAGGCUUCGAGUGCCAGAGGGGCGAACGCUGCGACUGCUGUUUGGGGAUUUUGACAUUGAGAGCAGUGCAGGCUGCAGGAAUGGUUCUCUUGUGAUCACAGACAAGAGCGGGAUACCCAGUCUGGGUCCAGUGUGUGGGAAGCUUGAUGCAUCCCUGAACAAUGUGACAUUUAAAAGCAAUGAAGUGACAAUAACCUUCAGGUCAGGCCCACACCGCUCUGGACGAGGGUUUCUACUGUCCUAUACCACAGACCAGUAUCCAGAUCUCAUUUCUUGUUUACAACGAGGAUCUCAUUCUAGCUCGCAGCUUUUGAGUGUGUACUGCCCUGCUGGGUGUAAGAAUAUCACAGGGGAUGUUUGGGGAAACUCUGAACAGGGUUACAGAGAUACCUCAGUCCUGUGCAAGUCUGCAGUCCAUGCUGGAGCUGCAUCUGAUAGUCUGGGAGGCCGUGUCACUGUGAACCGUGGGAGAAGUCUUACACUCUAUGAAUCCACCUUUGCCAAUGGAAUCCUUUCAAAAAUGGGAUCAUUAUCAGAAAAGAAGCUGCUCUUCAGCCAAGAAUGCAACAACAUCCUGAGUGUUUCUGGUUUAAAUGCCUCAUCUUUCCGGGAUGAAAACAGUCAAGAGUACACAAUGUUCUGGUCCUCCAGAAACAUGGAUUCUAGCCAUGAGUUCCUACCCUGGGCAGCAGACGGUAAUGAUCCAAAUCCGUGGGUGGAGCUGGGGCUGAGUGAUAGAAGCAAUAUCACAGGAAUAAUAACAACGGUAUCAAACGAGUACUACAUAGAAUCCUACAGUCUUUUUUUCAGCAAGGACAGAAAGGCUUGGAAGCUGUACAAAGGUGCUCUCAGCAAAGAAAAAAAGGUGUUUCAGGCCUAUACGGAUGGCCACCUCAGGGUUCUCAACAGCUUUUUCCCUCCGGUGGUGGCUCGGUUUGUCCGGCUACAGCCACUCAGCUGGCAUGGCCGAGCGUUAGCUCAGGUACAAGUCCUGGGCUGUCCUGUUGCCAAGGUAACACCAAGGUCCCGCUCAGCUGCUGAAUCUCCAUCCAUCAAUGUUAACAUGGACACACCACGGCCCAGCCCCACUCCUCCUUCCACCACAGAGGGCCCAGUGUUAGUGGAUACCAGACAGAGCUCCAGUCAGCCAGUAAUAGUGGCAGUGGGAGUGGUCCUGGGGCUGAUAACGUGCGGCAGUUGUUUGUUGGCUGGAGUCUGGUGGAAGAGAAGGAAAAAAGAUUCACAAAUGAAGUACUCCUUAACCACAACAGGUAGUCAGAGUUUCCAGGCAAAGAGUCUCUCCUGCCCACAAUCAGAGCUCAUCUCUUACCCUCUGGAGCGAAAUGUCCAUGAUGCUCUACCUAGCCCUCCUCUUAAUGACUAUGCAGAGCCUGCUGUUGCAACUAUUGGACCGAAGGUUGGGUCAACAUUCAGACCCUCCUCAGAUGAGGGCUACACCACCCCCUUCGCCUUCAACCAUUAUGACACUCCUGGCAACCUGCCGGAGUAUGCCGAGCCUCUUCCCCCAGAGCCUGAGUACGCCACGCCAUUCAGUGAGCAGCCCUCCGAGUCCAACCUACCGACUUUGACAGGGAUCAGUCACAGCAAUACACAUGGACCCCCUGUACCAGCACCUACCGCUGGUACCAGGACGCCAUCCAGCCACGCUGAGUAUGACUGUCCCUCGCACAGGAUGCUUUCCAAUGGCUACUGCACUCCUGCACUACAUGUCAAUGGCCCCCGGCCGGUCACCGUGGUCUAUGCUGAGCCCAAGUCAUCGGACUCUUUACUACAGAAGCACACAUAUGAGGAGCCUUUGUGAACAUAGACAAGCUCAGACACAGAGAAAGAAAAAUAGACUCCUGAGCUAAAAUGUGUGUUGAACCAGAGGACCACUUGUGUGUGUGUGUGUGUGGGGGGGUGGUCUCAAGUGGACAAAAAGCUGGACAGUGUUGUCCAUACUAGAGAACUAAUGCUGACAGAGCUGAACUUCCAUUGAGUGAUGCACCCAAAGUUGAGAAGUCACUUUGGAUCACGGCGCAUACAUGAGGGUAUACACAACUCAUUGUGCACAAUAAUCCGAGAGCCAUAUGGACACAAAUGUUUCCUUCCAGGAAGUAUGUAGUUGUACAGCGGAAGUAUCCUGUGAUGCACAAAGUGAAUACAGGUUCAGUCGUGUCUCAGAUGAAAUGUUUAAUCACAAGCUGCACUUUGAGAAAACACAUACAGCAAUGUAUGCUUCAUUGUAUUUAACAGAUUAAUGCAAAAAAAAAAAAAAAUUAAAAAAAAAGUGGAUUGAAUAUGUUACUUGUCCUCACAAAACAUUGUAUUCACAAUGUAUAAUUUCAACAUGUUUUGUUUAAAAAAACAUUUAAGAAGCACUAUACAGUAAAUGGUACACUGUAACUAAGUGGUCGAGAUUGUUGCUAUAACUAUGUGUAACCACUAGGUGGCUCUCGAGCUUUAAACAGUAUUGGAUUGUGUGAUUAUUUGUCUGCUGGUUCUCACUCCUCAGAUAAUUGUCAUACAUACAUAGUAAAAGUUUUUUUUUUAUUUUUUAAAUAAAUGCUUGGAGUGUAAUAUAACAGAGAAAGGCACAACAGGCGAAGUGGUGUCGUGAUUAUGAUGGGAGGACUUUCAUCUACACUGCUGAAAGCCCCGGUCAUUGAACAUACCGCGAUGCAUGUUCUCGAACAAGACACAAAACCUUAACAUUAAAACUAUUCCAUUACGUGGCCUUGUUAUUUGUUAGGCUUUAGCUACUGUACAACAACUUAAAUCUACUCUGUAUUCCAUAAUUUGACUUAAUUGCCAAUGCCUUGGAAAGGCCAAUGGAAAAUACAAGUUAAAAUGAAAUCACUAAAGAACUUAACAUAAAUCAACUAAUAUGACUGCUUUUUUUCCACACGUAGAGGAAAAGAAGAUAGAAAAUUGUACUUUUUUCCUAUUACAAGGCAUUUAUAUAAUAAGGGUCAGGUGACAGUGGUAGUUCUCCAUUAUGUCAAAAAAUGUUACCAAAAGACCCUCGAAAAUGUCAUUUCAUUUCUAGAACUGCUUUCACAAGCUUUGUGGUGUCACAUUUAGUGAUGAAUUCGCUCACUGCUGAAUAAGGCACAAUAAAACGACUGUAUUACCAAACCAUA